UGAACGUGAAUCCGUUCCGUCGGGCUAAUUGGCUCCGUUUAAUCAACGCAACGAAAUGGCGCAUUAACGAGCCGAAUUAGGGCCGAGGCGUUUACAGCGUCAUUUGCUACGGCGAUAAUUGAUGCCCGCAAUAACGCGCCCCUCACAACCGAGAAACCGUGCCGUUCUUAGCGGGCUGCCCUUUCCGUUAAUGAAUUUGACCUUAUUGCACGUUUUCCCCCAAAUGAUGUCACUUUUGAAAUGCUCCCUAAGCUCUUAUUUGGUUUCGCCAGUCAUUGUUAAACUCCGGUCCAAUGGCUCGCAGCGGCUGCCCACGUGCUGGCCAAUAGGUGCGCGCGCCUCCAGAAAAUGAGCUGCGAACAAAAGUGCGGAGCCUCAAAGAGAUGGAGUCCUGCAGCCGUCCAGUCCCGGGCUGCGCUUGGCAAACUUUCACCGCCGAUGCCACCCUACAGCCGCACGCAGAUGGCUCCUCAGUGCUGAAUGGCCCCUGGGCAGCGUGACAGCGGAGAGGGCCGGCCGGCGACACCCGUCGCUCCACUUUAGCCUUUUCGGCUUCUGGUAUUUUUUUUUUUUUUUUUUGGGAGCCCCCUUGGAUCUGCUCCCCGACCGAAAUUAAAGCAGGGAUGGAUCAGACACCCAGCAGCGCUGCCCAGGCACCCCAAGUUCAACACGAGCCCAUCAGCUUCGGGAUUGACCAGAUACUCAGCGGCUCGGAGCCCGACAGCUCCUCGCAGCCCUCCAGCACCAGGGGCUCGGACGGCAGUCCCGGCAGCUACCACGCAGGGAGCACCAGUGUGACCACGACCACCGCCUCCUUCAGCGCCUUGCCAGGCCCCUUCCCUGGCAUCGGGGCAACUUUCGAGGACUCGGGAUCCUAUAGCGUCAACCUGAGCCUGGCCCCCGCUGGGGUCAUUCGGGUGCCAGCGCACAGGCCCAUGCCCGGGGCCGUGCCCCCGCCGAUCACCAGCGCCAUGCCCGGCUUUGGCAGCCUCAACUUUCCCUGGAUGGAGAGCACUCGUCGCUUCGCGAAGGACCGAUUCACGGCCCUCACACCUUUUACGGUGUCCCGGAGGAUCGGCCACCCCUACCAGAACCGGACCCCCCCUAAAAGAAAGAAGCCGCGCACGUCCUUUUCUCGCGUGCAGAUCUGCGAGCUGGAGAAGCGCUUCCACCGGCAGAAGUACCUGGCCUCGGCCGAGAGGGCGGCGCUCGCCAAGUCCCUGAAGAUGACGGACGCCCAAGUGAAGACGUGGUUCCAGAACAGGAGGACCAAGUGGAGGCGGCAGACGGCGGAGGAGCGCGAGGCCGAGAGGCAGCAGGCCAACAGGCUGAUGAUGCAGCUGCAGCACGACGCCUUCCAGAAGUCCCUGAGCGACUCCAUCCAGCCGGACCCCCUGUGCAUCCACAACUCGUCGCUCUUCGCGCUGCAGAACCUCCAGCCCUGGGCGGACGAGAACGGCAAGAUGCAGCCCGUCACGUCGCUGGUGUGAGGUGCCAGGCGUGCCCGUCGGACUGCCCACGUUGUAAAUGGAUGAACGACCCACCGCUGCAUGAACCUGACGUGACCCGGGGCUGCUCCGCCCCUGGAUUCGCCUCCCCCCGCCCCCAAGACCCCUCCCAAAGGACCACCCCGAGGUCGGACUGCAGUUCCCCUUCACCUCUGCAUGCACACGCCGAGCCUUUCCGUGCAAAAUGGAGGCGCCUUGGACCUAAAAAGAAGAACAAAGGAGGAAGGACAAGCCGUCAGGCGCCCCCCUCGUGGCCAGCGUGCCCACCGCGUGUUGAUCGCAGAUGGUUGGUAUGUGAUUUGUGAUCCUCUGUGCCCGUUGCGAGACGGCACGGCCUUUCGGUGCCAACAUGACGUGGCCCGCACUCCAAGACCAGACCAUCACGUGUCACGAGACAUCACGAGGCCAGACCGAGGACCGCUGUGACCCCCUCGAGGACGCUGGCCAUGAUGCCCCCCCCCACCCCCCCUCCUGCGGCCGCCUCGUCUUCUUUCUACGUUUUGUAGGCUCGGGUCGUUUUGAUUUGUCCACAUUGACUGCUGUGAAAGCGAAGCCACCGGUGGUGCCCACCAUUCGACGCUGCCACUUUGGGCAAUGUCAGGCUUGACCAGCUGUGACAUCCACUCUCUGCUCGAGGUCAUCAGAAGUGGUGGCUCCCUGUGGUCCUGUUUUUGCUCUUCAUUGUCCACUGUCCAUGUUUGAGGUGGCUGUGGAUUUCAUAAGGGUGUAAAUAAA